GUUUAACUUGAAAUUUUUAUGAUGAGUGGUUCAAGGCCGCAUAUCAGUAUCACCUUUCGUAAAUCAAAGAAGCCACAACUCAAUGACAGUGUUAGAAUCAUGCGAAAUAGGGGGUUGCUAAAUACAUCGAGAAGAUUACUGCAAAAGUCAGUCAAUCAAUCUUUCACUUCAGCCACCUCUCUUCGUGCUAAUAAUGCUUCAUUAGCGAAAAAACUAGCCGAAUUGCAAGUUGAAUUAAAUAACCAGAAGAUGGCUACACAGCAAGCGAAUAUUGAACUGUUGAAUUGUCGUAUGGAAGUAGUCCGUUUACAAGCGUAUAAAGAAGCCAAAGAGAGAAUCAAGGCUUGUAUUCUAAACGUACAUGAAUUAUUGUGUUCACAAAUUGAAAUGGGAAUGUCCAUGAUGAAUUAUGUGAAAGAUUCAAUAUCGGUAUUGGAUAAAAAUGAUUCAUUGGAGUUAUUGUCAAAUCCUACAUCAAGUCUGCUUGGUGAAACAGUAGUUGAUCCAAAUGCAUUUGAUUCUGUUUGUAGAAAAGAAUUUACAAAGCCUGCUCAACAGAUAACAGAACAGAAUGUUCGUCAACUAUCUAUUGUUUAUCCUGAAGUUCAAUCUCCAUCAUCAUCCACUUCAUUAAUAACAGGUCCGGUGAAAAUGGCAUUCAGUCCUAACGACCACAGUAUUGCUAAGAAUAUUAGCACUAAUCAUAGUAACAAUAACAGAUUUAAUGUACAACCGAUACCUCUUAUUGAAACAUUAAAUACUGACGUAAAAUCAUCACAGUCUAUCCGUCAGGAACCACUAGAACCAUCUUGUGAAGAAGUUUUACCUGAAAUACUGACUAGUCCAAUAACUUGUAUUUCUGAAAAUAAUAUUGCAAGCAAAAGAUGUCCUCCAAUAGUAGAUACUAAUGUAAAUAAUGUUGAUUUAGACAAUGAUAAUGAUAUUGAGGAUACCUACAAAAACAUUAGUCCUGUACAUUUUUCAGUUCAAAGUUUACCACAAUCGUGUGUUUCUGUAAAUAAUAAACCUUCCGUUAUUGAUUCAAAGAAUAUUGAUCAACUGGUCGUUCCUAAUCUUGUCAAUAGUUGCAAUGGUAAGAACAAUGAAUGUGUAGUUAACUCUGUUGAUCAUCAUGAAAUGCAGUCAGCUCGACCUCAUCUGGUGCGUCAAGCUCGACUAAAUUCAAAACCAAUCAUUGACACAUCAUCUUUUAUGGAAUCGUUUAUUGUUAAAACAACAACAAAAGAAAAGAAGAAAAAAUCAGGUAAACAUCGCCUGAUUCGUGUCAGGGAUAGUGAUGAUGAAGGUGAAAAUGAUAUCAACAUUAAAGGUGAUAAAUUAAAAAGUAAUAUUGGUGUUGUUGGUGGCGAUGAGGAUGGAAGUGGCCGAGUCAUUGAAACCUGUUUCCGUCGGCCUGGUGAACUUGUAUUUAGAGUUGAUUCAAAAAAUGUCAAUCCAUCAUCAACGAUUGGUGUCAGUGACAAACAGACAACUCGAUCCAAGUCGAAAUUACCAACAACGACAAUCAAUCAACAGUCAAGAUCGAAAUCAAAACCUCAAACUACUACUACUACUACUACUGCUUAUAUUAAUAGUACCAAUAGUAAGAAGACUAACAAAGAUGUGAAUAGUAAUGAAUUUAAAAAAUUGUCGAAAGUAGUUGGAACGGAAAUUAAAACAGUGAAUAUUUUCGAUUUAUCAAUGAAUCGAACUGCUGAUCUAUCUGUUCUUCCGCCUACUUUAAAUGAUUUACGCAUUAAGCAUAAAGAACAACAACAAGUGAACUCAAACACUGAAGCCCAGAAAGAUACCACUGCCAAGAUGGCGAUGACGACAAGGAAACGUUCUGUUCUUGGUGAAUUACAACAACAAGAAGAUGAUAAACUCUAUUCUGUUGUAAAGAAUAAUAAUAUUGUAGAUGAACACCGUCGUCUUUCAGUUGUCUUGACUCCAAUAUGUGAUGAAAAUCAACCUCCAUUCGAUGCACCAAUAUCCAAUUCAAAAAAUAAUAAACGUCAAUUUCGUCGAUUAUAUUUAUUCGAUCAAGAGAACGAAGACAACGAUGAUAAUGGUAAUGACGUUGAUAAUGAUUAUAGACUUAAAAAUAUGAAAGCUGACGUUGGUAAUACUGAAGGUAAACAAUCAAAAGAUAAUAACCCAACUUCUUCGAUUGGUAAGCUCGGUAAUAAUCGUAAUAGUAAUCUACCAAUGACGAUCAACCCUAAAGUAACUACUAGUCGAUCACGAAAAAGGAAUUGAUUGAAAAGAAAAGCUCAUUAAUGUCCUGUUGAGUUAUUUUAUCCCAAUGCAAAAAGUAUCUUUUUUUAUUUUGAAUAAAUGAAAAAGACACUCUUAUGGUUGUGUAUAUAUUUUCUAUGAAAACAGUAUACUCAGUUAUAUAGAAUUGACUUGUCUAUUAUACUUUGUAAAUUUAAAUGAUUAACUUCAUGUUAUCCGUAGUUAUUACAGUAUCUAAUAUAUUUUAUUAAAGAUUUUUAAAUGGUGAAUAAUUUUUCUUUAAAACAAACAAACAAACAAUACAGUUUACUUGUUUUAAAUCGACCUAAUGGCGUUAACUGUACAUUGAAUUUUGUUUAUAGAAGCUAGAAACUUCCUAACAGAAAUAUCCCAUUUUAUUUUUGUCGAAGUGUUUGUUACUGGUUUUUUAUGUGUGUUUAUCUUUUUUUUAAUAAUUUUCAUUGUUCAUCUUAAUUCUUGUUUAAAUUAAUCACAAUAUUCUAAUUCUUUGUUGAUGAUCAUACGAUACUUGUUAUAUCCAAUGUUACACAAUUAAAGAAAAUAGUCUUUUUUUUA